AUGGAUAGGAGUUGGAUGUCUAUUAAGAACUACCUAGACCCCAAGUAUUUAGAUGGAGUUGAUGAAUUUAUUAAGUUUGCUUUUCUAGGCAAGGAUCCUAAUUGUAAACUGCCAUGUCCUUGCAAAGUAUGCAAUAAUUUUGAGGAUCAAACUAAGGAAGUCAUGGCCAAUCACUUGUGUCGAGGAAUUGUUGAUAGUUAUACUAGGUGGAUAUUUCAUGGCGAAGGGUUUGAAUCUGAUGAUGAGAAUGAUGACAUAGAAAUAAAUGACAACGAUAGUGACUUUGACAGUAUGGAGAAGCUGUUAAAUGAUGUAGGAGUUGCUAACUUUGAUGAGAGUUGGAGACAUUCACCGGAACUUGAUACGGGUGCUUGUACCGAGAAAGAAGGAGAAGCAAGUAGGUUUCUCAGAUUAUUAUCAGAGGCUGAAAAAUCUCUAUACCCGGGCUGUGAAAAGUAUUCAAAACUCUUGUUUAUUGUCCAUAUCCUCCACUUGAAAACAAUGAAUCGGUGGACUUGUAAAUCUACUGAUAUGGUGCUGAAGUUCUUGCAUCAAGUAUUUCCUACAGCUUUGAUUCCCAGUUCAUAUUACCAGGUAAAAAAUUUCAUCCGUGAGUUGGGGCUGAAGUGUGAAAAGAUCCACGUUUGUGAAAAUGAUUGCGCACUUUUUUGGAAUGAAAAUAAAGGCCUUGAUCAUUGUCCAAAUGAAAAAUGUAAAGCACCGCGGUAUAAAUCUCCAAAUUCCAAAAUACCUAGAAAGGUGUUGCAUUAUUUUCCAUUACAACCAAGGCUGCAAAGACUAUUUGUGAACAAAGAGAUUGCUCGGGAUAUGAGGUGGCAUAAGGAGAGACGUGUAGAUAAUGAGAACAUGAUGCGACACCCUGCUGAUUCAUUAGCUUGGAAAGAUUUUGAUAGAAAUCACAAGUCCUUCGCUGAAAAUCCUAGAAAUGUGAGGCUAGGACUUGCUAGUGAUGGUUUUAAUCCUUUUGGAACCAUGAGCAAUUCAUACAGUAUAUGGCCUGUUAUCCUUGUUCCUUACAAUCUACCUCCUUGGAAAUGCUUAAAAGAUCCAUUUUUUUUCCUAUCAAUGAUUAUUCCUGGUCCCAAAGCACCUGGAAAUGACAUUGACAUAUUCUUUAGACCACUAGUUGAUGAGUUAAAAGAGUUAUUUGCCACUGGUGUGGAGACAUAUGAUGCCUUCAGGGAGGAGAAGUUUAUGUUACGUGCAGCACUUUUGUGGACAAUAAACGAUUUUCCAGCAUAUGGCUAUUUGUCGGGAUGGAGUACAAAAGGGUACAAGGCAUGUCCUGUGUGCUUAGAUGAGACGACUAGUCUAUAUCUUAAUAAUGGUCACAAAUGUUGUUACAUGGACAUCGCCGUUUUCUGCCUAUUGAUCAUAAAUGGCGUCGAGAAAAAAAGCAAUUUAAUGGAGAAAGAGAACAUAGACAGCCUCCUAGGACCCUAUCAGGCUAGGGAGGAUUUAAAAGAAAUGGGAUUAAGGGAAGAGUUGCAUCUACAACUGGGAGGUGGCGCAUCUAAAGUUAUGCCACCUGCAUGUUACACUUUAUCACGCCUAGAGAAAAAGAAUUUCUGCCAGUUUUUGAGCACUAUCAAUUUCCCGGAUGGCUUUGCUUCAAACAUUCCUCGGUGUGUGAAGACCAAGGAGUGUCAACUUUUAGGAAUGAAGAGUCAUGACUACUAUGUGUUCAUACAACGACUUCUUCCACUAGCAACUAGAGGAAUGCUGUCAAAAGAUGUCAUGUAUACACAUGCACGUGGAGAAUGUACUGAUGAAUUGUUGUCCUUGGCUAGAGGACCUGAUUUUCGAGUCAAUACAUUUGCUGGCUGUAAUGUGAAUGGAUUUAGAUUCCACAUUAAGGCUCGGGAACGAGAAAGAAAGACACAAAAUAGUGGAGUUAUGGUAAAGGGGGAGCAUGCUGAUAAAGAAACAUACUUCUAUGGUAUAAUUACUGAUAUAGUUGAGGUUGAAUACUCAUUUACUCAAAAUCGAGUAGUUGUGUUUAAAUGUGAUUGGUGGGACUUGAGAAAUAAUUCGGGAAUCAAAGUAGACAAGCAGAGCAAUAUCACUAGCAUCAACAUGUCAAAAACAUGGUACUCAGACCAACCUUUUAUAUUAGCAUCCCAAGCUGAACAAGUUUUCUAUCUUCAAGAUACGAAGCUUGGAGGUAAUUGGCAUGUUGUAGAGUUAGUUAGUCCACGCUCAUCUUAUGAUGUUCCUGAGAAGCAUGAAGAUGAUUUGGUUGAUAACGAAGAGGCUUACCAAGAAGAGUAUCAUGAAGAUUUGAUUGGUGUACAAGAAAAUCUUGAGUUGGUCAGUUUGAAGAGAGGAGAUGUGCAAACUGAAGAAAGGAUAGAGGCUGGUGCUAUGUUUUUUAUAGAAUUGUCAGCUAGCCGUGCAAGGCAAUUGGAUGAUAAUUUUAUUGAUAAUGAUGAGGAAAUUGAGCAACAAUUCAAUUCUGAGGAUGAAAAUGAACAAUUUGUACAAAUUGAUGACUAUGAAUCAGAUUAA